GGGCUUACCUGGUUAUGUUUGGCAAAGGUAAAUCUUGAUGAUGUAAUAAGAAAACAAUGAACCUUGUCCAGUCAGGUGAGGAGGAUUAGGAGGAAGAAGAAGGGGAAGAUCACUGAAGCACCACCUCUGUCAGUGUCUGUGUGUCACUCUCUGCUGGGAACCGUCCACCAGUGUUACCGAAGCUCGGUGCAGGAGGAUCGACAGCAGACAUCUUUAAGAAAUGAUAGAGUCCUGAACUCCAGCAGCUGAGUGUGCAGACGAGGGACACCAGUCAUCACCUGAAUGUUCCAGAUAUUUUCACGUGAACAUGAUCCCUGAGCUGGUGGGAUGGAGGAAGCGUACAGUGAACUCUACCAGCAGUUUCUGCGCCUGAGGUCUCUUUGUCUGAGACAAGCAGCUCUGUUGCAUCAACUCACAACAGCCCUGCAGAAGCAGCAAGGCGCCGCUGUUCCUAAUGCAGAGUUAAAUGACAUGAUGUCCAUCACUGUCCAGUCCAGCCAAGCAAUCCCUGUGUUGUUCCAUGAAAAGCCUCAACCGCUGACAGUAGCACCACAGUGUUGCAUCUCCAGAAAUGUGGACCCUUAUUCUUAUCUCCUUGCCGAAGAUAUGUCCAAGCUCUGCAUGGAUUUUCCUCUGCGGACAGAGGAGGAUGGGAAGUUGGAGCCGAAGGCUGCACCUCUGUUAAACCUGAACUCCUCCAGGUGGCAGGGAGCCUUUUCCAGUGAAUCAAAAAAUCCAGGGCAGCCAGACCAUCCUCGAAGAGACAGGACUGUGCACACAUCGAGGAUGCCUGCGUCAGACAGUCAGUCCCAUUUCAUGGACUUCCUGAGCCAGCCUGGUGGGUUACUGAUGUCAGACAUAGCGCUGCAGUCACAAGUAUGCGACUUCUGCCAGGCGGUUUUCCCCGGAAACACAACCACCAAAGGAGAGUUCAUACGACAUCUUCACACCCACAUCUCCUAGACGGCGCGGACCAAACUUCUCAUGAGUGAUUUGUUUGCAUGAUGUAGUGGAGUCUGAGUUAACCUGAUCCCUGGAAGCAACAUUGAAAUUAGCAGUUUGCCUGUGGAUGAACUGGGCAGAUUCUUGAGGGUGUAAAAUGAAGGGAUGAAAUAGAUUCCCUGUGCUUCCAUCUAUGUUCAGUGAGGAUGUAUUGCAUUUUAAAAGGCUUAGUUAACCUAAAUAAUAAAAAACGUUAAAUC